CCUAGUGGCGAUGGGUCGAGCCUACGGCGGGAAUGGCAGACCGAGCGGUGGCCGAGGAGCGUGGCCGGCUUCGGCUGUUGGCGGCCGACACUCAGGCCGCUCUGCGCUCCGGGGUGGCGGUGCCCUCUCUCGCCCGGUGCCUCGAGGAGCUGCUCCUCAACAGCCUGGAGGCCGGCUGCGGCUGCGCGGCCGCUCGUGUGAACGCGCAGGCUGGGCGCGUGCAGGUGGCCGAUAACGGGGCGGGCCUGGAGCGCGCGGCCCUGGAGCUGGCGGGCACGCGCUACUGCAGUGGGAGUGGGAGUGGGGGUGAUCCUAGGUAUACGUGUGUUCCCAGGGCAGGUGGUGGCCCAGGGGGUGGUGGUGGUCAAGGGAGGGGUGGUAGUGACCCAGGAUGGGGUGGUGGCCCAGGGAGCGAUGGUGGUGACGGCCCAGGCGGUGGUGGUGGUCCUGGGAACCGGGGUUGGAAAUGUCCCAAGGGAGAAGACGAUGGUGAUCCCAGCUACCUUGACCUGCCAGGGCCUGGCGCCCGCGGUGAGGCCCUGGCCAGCAUUGCUCACCUGUCAGGACUGCUGGAGAUAGUGAGCAGGCCGCAGGGCUCCAGUGGGACCUGGGUGAAACUAUUCCGCAAUGGGCAUGCCCGGCCGGUUUGUGAGGCUGAGACGGGGAGGCCGAGUCCCGGAACCACUGUCACCGUCUGCAACCUUUUCUACCAGUUGCCAGUGAGGCAGCGCCGCCUUGGUCGGCCCCUGGAGUGGGAGCAGAUCCGCCGCCGAGUGCAGGCUCUGAGCUUUCUCUACCCUGGGGUCUCGUUCACUGUACGUGAUGAAGCCUCGUCUGCGGCUGGAGGCUCGUUGGUGGUGAGGCUUCCCAAAGUCAGUAACCUUCAGGCCCGCUUUGCUCAGAUCCAUGGCUCUCAGCAGGCAGCAACGCUAUGCUGUAUCCAGCACUCAUCCAAUGGUUUCCAGCUGAGUGGCUUCAUCAGCCGUCAGGGCCACCACAGCAAAGCCCAGCGACUGGUCUUUGUCAACCGGCGACUGGUGCUUAAAACCCGUAUCCACAAGGAGCUGGACUCACUGUUGAGGCGACACAGCUUAAUCUGUCAGCCUGAACCUGGCACUGGGCCCCGGGGAGGCUCUGAUCUUCACCCUGUCUAUAUCAUCAACAUCAACUGCAACCGUAGCCAGUAUGAUGCCUGCUGGGAGACAAACAAGACCUUGCUAGAGUUCACUGACUGGAAUCUUUUGCUGAGUUUGCUGGAGGAGGGGGUCCAGGCCUUCUUGCGACAGGAACAGUUACUGGUUGACCCCACAGAGGAGCAGAUUCCUGUCCCGCUCCCUGUUGCUGGCUUGGACUUCAGGUUCUCACAUGAAAGAGUAGCAGUGCUGUCCAAAUCAGUCCAUCGUCUGGUAGUGGUUCGAAACAUUCCAAGGUUGGCAGCACAUUCCGAACCCUGUGAUGCUGUCUGUCAGGGGCAAGUCUGUGACGACAUCAAACAUCCAGCCUUGCAUGGUCAACAGAGUGGCCUGUCCUGCAUUAAAUCCCCAAGGCACAGCCUUCGUUCUGCAUAUCAAGAAACAGCCACAAGUGACAAGUCUCCAUUGGAAAAGGAGGGAAGCAUUUUGCUCAGAGACCUGAGUACAUCAGCCAGCUCUCGGACACAAUCAACACAGCAAGCACAGCCUGGCACAGCUCUUUGCCUCCUCACAACUGCCAAUGAGAAUAGGACCUUGUCUGUCACUGAAAGCCCCGUACAAGAGGAGAAGCAAGCAAAGGUGGGGAUCGGAAAGCAGGCAGGGGUACCACAGAGGGAGCGGGGGAGGGAGUCACUGGGGGAGCAGGCAGGGGAAUCACAGGGGGAACAGCUGAGGGAGUCACUGGGGGAGCAGGCAGGGGAAUCACAGGGGGAACAGCUGAGGGAGUCACUGGGGGAGCUGGCAGGGGAAUCACAGGGGGAACAGCUGAGGGAGUCACUGGGGGAGCAGUCAGGAGAAUCACAGGGGGAACAGCUGAGGGAGUUGCAGGGGGAGCAGGCAGGGGAAUCACAGGGGGAAGAGGUGAGGGAGUUGCAGGGGAAGCAAGCAGGAGAUGUGGGGCAGGUGGGGGAAUCCCGAAGAGAGCAGGCAGAAGAGGGGGAGCAAAUGAGAGAAAGGGAGCAGAUGGGGGAUCCAUGUGAGAAGCAGGCUGGAGAAUCACAGGGGAAUCAGUGGGUGGAGGAGCUGUGUGGGGAGCAGGAAGUUGAGGUGGAAUGGCAGAAGGACGGGGUGCUGCGGGGAGUAAAGAUGGUGGAAUUGAGUACGACUGGUCUCAUAACCCACAUUGUCCCCAGAAAAACAAUAGAAGUAGGCACUGUAAGUGUUAGCUCUUCAGACUGGAGUCAUGUCCAUCGUCCGGGUCCAGUGAGUGCUUGGGAGAUUCUGAAUGAAAGGAAGAGAAAGGGAGAUGGACAGCUCCUGCCUGAUGACCGAGUGCUCUCAAACAUAUGUCAGAAAAGUGGGAGAGAUAUUCCCCGAGGUUCUGUGACUGACUGUCAGAAAAUUCAGGAUACUCAUCAGCCUCACCAUACAUCUGAGACCUUUGCAGAAUCAAUGAUAAUCUCUCAGAAGAUGAAUUUACCACAAUAUCUCACCAGUUUGGAGAACAGAACUCCUGUCAACUGUGAGCCCAUGUGUUGUCAGGCGAGAUUCCACAGAAAGCUGGGCAUGUCUCUAAUAACUGGAUCUCUGGAUGUAUUUCGGAGAAACUAUGGGAAAAUCAAUGAUGACCAGGAUGGUGGAGGCUCUUCUCAAGGCAGUGCACCUAUUCAGGACAGUACUGGUGAAGCAACCAAAAGGCCAUCACUGUUUAAUGUGACUGAAACCCCAGGAACAGAGAGGCUACACCAAAACACCAGUAUCGGAUUUACUGGUUCUGUAAUUAGUGACCAGAGUGAGAGUUUGCAGCUUAAUCAGUGUGAUUGCCAUAGUCUUUUAAGGAAUUUGCAUUCAGUUGGAACUUUCCCAGUUACUGGUCGUGUGGCCAGGGCACAUGCCACUCCGUUUACAAUGCCUGGUUAUUCACAAGCCAAACAAACCUCUCCAGUUAGCAAGGAGCCUCGAAGAACCCUUGCUGCAAAAUUGUCCAAGUUAAAGGACCUUAAUAAAGGACAUGCUGCUGAUGAGAAAAGGGAAGAAUCCAAAGCAGGAAGUUCCCUCAGCUCUCGCCAACCUUGUGAGAGUUUCAAUGACCUUCUUCAGCCAGAACAGCAGUGUGCAAAACCUCCAACUCUACAGCAAGCACACUCAGCUGUUCCGGUGAACUCUGAAAAUUGUCCCCUUCGAGAAAGGGGAAUGAGUGAGGCAGACUGGCAGGAAGACAGCAUCGGUGCAACAAUUGAGAGAGCCCAAUUCCUGAGUAACAGUAGCUCUUGUCUUGAUAAGUUGCCUUGGCCCGCAGUUGAUGAAAGAACUGAUAAUGGAACAGAUGCUCACUCUGGUCUCCAACCUGCAGACCAAUCUCAAGAUGACAGAACAAGUUCUGUAAAUUUGAACCCACUUAUAAGUGAUUCUGUAGCCACGCAGAAAAUGUCAGAACCAGUUUAUAUCCAAACUAACUCAACAGAUGCUGAACAAUUUCUGAGAAGUUGUGCCGAGGCCAGUAAAGAUCGAAGUGAUCCAUUGAAAAGUUUCUCUUCGGACUGGUUGCAGUACUUUGAUGGAUCCCUUGGGAAGAUGGUGUAUGUAAAUAGCAUGACUGGACUGAGUAGCUAUGAUGUCCCACCAGAUGUCCAGGCAGAAGCAGCUUGCGUGAAAGACUUCACAACAAUGCCAGUUAAUGUUCUCACUAAGACUGGUUUCCAAUACCAGUGUUAUCCAUUCCGCAGCCAUUGUCUUAUCCCUUUCCUGCCACGGCCACGUGAAGAGAGACAGAAAGACAGAAGCGGUACCCAGUCAGGAUCAAGUGAUUCUCUGCAGUCACUGUUCCGGGAGUGGACAAAUCCAGUCUUUCUUCGUCCUCCAGAGGUUGCCGUUGAUGUUAGCAAUGACCAGGCUGGCAGUUUGGCAGUGAAGAUUCACAACAUCCUGUUUCCUUAUCGCUUCACCAAAGACAUGAUUGGCUCAAUGCAGGUGCUUAACCAGGUGGACAAUAAGUUCAUUGCUUGUUUGAUAGAAACAAGAACCAAUAGAGAAGCACCAACAGGGGGUAAUCUGCUGGUGUUGGUUGAUCAGCACGCAGCUCAUGAGAGAGUGCGUUUGGAACAGUUGAUUUCUGAUUGCUAUGAGAGGAUGCCAGAUGCUGCUGGUCAGAGGAGGCUGUGUAGCUCAACUGUAUGUCCCCCAAUGGAGCUCAGUUGCACCCAGGAUGAAAUUAGGCUUUUACGCAGGUUGUACAGGAAACAGCUGGAAGCUGCUGGGUUGCAGGUAGAAUUUUGUGAUGCCAAGAAUCCUGUGAUAUUGAUCAAAAAGGUGCCGGCCUGUUUUAUAGAAAAAGAAGCCAAUGAAGUUCGAAGAGGACGGCAUCCGGUCACGCAGACCAUCCUGAAGGAGUUCUUUCAGGAACAGAUUGAGAUGUUUCAGUCAACUGGAGGAUUCCAAGGUGUGCUGUCACGGACAGUGCUGAAGGUAUUGUCCUCACAGGCCUGUCAUGGUGCUGUGAAAUUUGGUGACGUACUCAAUGUGGAAGAAUGUAAAAGCCUCAUGGACUCACUUGCUGGCUGUGACCUGCCCUUUCAGUGUGCUCAUGGAAGACCCUCCAUACUACCUCUGGUGGAUCUGGAUCACCUGGUGGUGGAAAAAGAGGUCCAUCGCAGACCAAACUUACAGAAGCUGCAGCAGUUAAACAAGACCAGGUUCAACAGUGGAAGCACUUAAUUGGUUGUGGCAACAGUCAGGAUCUCUUGGCGGGUGGAAUUUUACCUGAGGGUCUUUGCAAUGACCAGUACUCCGCCAUCACUUACUCAUCGCCUGCACUCGGUUUCCUGGUGGUACCUGAUAUGAAUUGGAUAUAGCGCCAUCUAAACACAACUGGCCCUGCGCAUCUUCUGCCUGAUAGACUGAGUCGGGAAUAGCAACGGAGUCUAUUGAAGUUUUUGACAUCAGGCUUUACCAUCUGGAAUAGCACGAACUGUGGCCACUUUCACUUUCAAUGGUACCUGGGAGCAGGACUCCCCUUUGUGCCUGGGAACUGUCAGCUGCUCUCACAGCAAGCCCUUGUCUUAUGCACGUUCCACCACUCCUACUUAUUUAUUGAAUAAAUAGUUUGUUAAUAUAAAAGAUUAAA